CUGGGCGCGGGAGGAGGCGGGGCCUAUUCGCCUGGUUGUCUUGGCUACGGCUGGGCGGGGCCUGAGUGGAAGCGCGCUCUCCACUUCCGCCAGGAGCCGGAAGCCACUGUCUCCCGGGUGCACUGGCCUUUGCAGCGAGGGAAAACGAGUGCAGAUUCUUCCACUCGAAGCCAUGGGACGCAGGAAGUCGAAACGGAAGCCACCCCCCAAGAAGAAGAUGACGGGCACCCUGGAGACCCAGUUUACCUGCCCUUUCUGUAAUCACGAGAAGUCCUGUGAUGUGAAGAUGGACCGUGCCCGCAACACCGGAGUCAUUUCCUGUACUGUGUGCCUAGAGGAAUUCCAGACGCCUAUCACUUAUCUCUCAGAACCCGUGGAUGUGUACAGCGAUUGGAUAGACGCCUGCGAGGCAGCCAAUCAGUAGCGACGCCGAGGACCCGCCCCCUGGCAGCCCCGCCUGCCGUGGACCCGCCCACUGGGCACCAGCAGAGACAUUCCAGGGGUCGGGGGUGGGUCCAGGGCUGUCUUGGCCCGUGUGUCUUCGUGGUGGGUGUGAGUGAGCAGCGUGAGCCUGUGUGUCUCUAGGCUUCGGGAGCAGUUGAGGGGUUGUCAGGCCUGAGGGCCCUGCUGGGGCUCUCUUGAUCCCAGAAACCUCUGGGCUGCUCCCUCCGCCUCCCCUGGCUUUGGGCCUCAGUUUCCCGGAGGGGCAUUUUCCUGACACCCAGGCAGGAGACAGAUGUGGAACUUCUCCAGCGGCGACAGCAGUCUGCCCCUGUGGCUUGGAGUCGAUACCCUCAGUGCCCUGCUCCCUUGGCAGAGCGAGCCAGCCCCCCCGCACUAACUGAAAGGCCGGUCCAUCCUCCAAGGCUUUUGCAGAGGAGGCAGGCAGGACUGGUUCGGGGAAGCUGUCGGUCACGAGCCCCUCAAUAAAAUAGCCAACGCAGA